AUGGAAAAUAACCUACCAAUAAUAACAAAGAGAGUAUGGAACAUGAUACGUGUGGCCUUGUUCAUGUUAAGAAAAGGCGUAUCAAAGGGAAAACUAAUGAUGGACCUAAACAUGAUGCUCAAACGCCGCAGCAAACUCGCCGGAAAAGCCAUCACCAACCUCAUCUUCCCUCACCACCACGGAAGCUCCACUUCAAGGGACUACGAAUUCAGCUGCAGCAACACACCAAACUACAAGUUUGUCCUCAACAACAAGCGUCACCGCAACAACCAUUUCUUCGCGUGUGCUCACGCUCCUCUCACGCAAGAGGACGACAUGGUGACCGUUAAUGCAGUUAAGACUAUAUUGGAGAAUAUGGUUAAUAAUCAUGAGGUUAUGGUCGAGUCUUCCCCGGCGCUCCCCGGGUUCGGGCGGACACCUAAGGCGAGACAGUUGAGGGUAACUGACUCGCCUUUUCCGGUGGAUGACACCGAUACGGUUGCCGAGGUUGACAAGGCUGCCGAUGCUUUUAUAAAGAGGUUCUACUUGCAGUUGAGGAAGCAGGAUUGA